GCAAGAGAAAGAAGAGAGAUGAUCUAUUCAUUUCCUAGUAGUUCAGGUGCCUGGGAGGUGCUUUAGGAAGGCUGACCUGACUCCCUUCUGCUAUAGGACAUCAAAAUUCUCAAAGACUCUGAGUGCCUAGAAAUCUUGUCCAAGGCAAGGAAAUGGGCUAAGGGACCUGUCCAACAUCACAGAGCCCUGCUGCGCUCUCAAAGGCCCUUUCUGACGUGCUUGUGGUCCCUUCUCAGGAUCCCAACUUCCACUAAUACCCCCACCCUCUCCCUGUCUCUCUGACUCCUCCACAGCCAGCAUGCCCCCUCCACCCACAGCAGGAAAGAAAGAAAAGGGAGUCCUCCCCUAGGGAAGGGAUGGCCCUCACCCUGCAGAUGUGAAGCCGACGUGCCCGCGUGCUGGUGCCCAGCACCUCUGCAUCAGGAACUCCAGGCCGACUCACAACUAAUGUUUGUGUAGUGCUGAUGUGUAUGCGCGCGCGCGCACACACACACACACACACACACACACACAGGACUGGUACUGCCAGGGACCUUGAAAUGUCACCCCAAAAAGAUGUUGCUGGAAUCUCCAGUGAAAACAAUGACCUACCUCAACAUACCCCCCAUUGUACACAUCCCAUUUCUUUGGGGAGAGUCCCCCUCUCAGACUAACACUGUGCCUCUUGCUAGGGCUGAUACCCACUUUCUGGGCAUAAAGAAGGGCAGGUGUCUUACCCCACCCCCAAAGGUAGUGAUACUAAAUAAUGGGACACAGAAAAGAGAGGAAUUUCAUCCUUCAGCAUCCUCACCCUACUACUCUCAGCCCUGGAUAAUUUUAGCCCCUUUCCCAGCCCCUUUAGCCUUCCCUCCUCUCUUCUGCCCUGGAGGGAGCUGCAGGGACUCCAGCCCCACGGGUCCCCUCACUUCCAAGCCUCUAAACCCUCCAGAGAAAGGGGGGAAAACCACAUGUCCCAAGAGUCCUUGGACUGACUUCAACAGCAGUCAACUUUAUUGGCAGCGUGGCAAAAGAACAGCAACCGCCCAGCGGACGGUCCGCUUUUAUAUGUUAAUUUCUUAGACUGGGACCCUGGAGCCCAGGGUAAGAUUUUUCAGUAACUUUAGGCCCUGACUAGACUCCUGCUAGUAUUUUAUUUACCAUGACAAGGAUUUCCGCAGACCACAUUUCCUGACAAAUUAGGAAGACAGUGUGUCCCAGGAUAGGGAGGACUUUGGGGAAUGAGCCAGCUCGUGGGCCAGAGAAAUGCACCUUCAGCCCUACCUUCCCUGAGCCGUCCACCCAGGCUGGGCAGGGACUGAGGGGUGCUCUCCACCGAUGCCGGCGCACCAAAGGUUAAUGUCUGUUUGCGGGGGGUGGGCUGGACCACUGAGGGAAAAGCCUUGGCCCUCUCGGGUUAUUUCUGACCAUUGGUCAGGAUGGACAGAAGGCACAGCAAGCCAGAGAUCCAUGCAUGAGAGCAGAUAGAGCUGCUGAGACGGAGCGCUAGGGAGAUGCAGAAACGGAAAGAGGGGUGGGGGGGUCUUUGGGUCCCCAAGGGGGAGGGGUGGGCCCGGGAAUGUCCAUCUUGGGAUGGUAGGUUCAGGGUAAUGGGGCAUUUUUUGAGGGAUAGUAAGCGGGGAGCCUGGAUUAUGUUGCUGAGUGGGAUUGGGUGGGGCUUAAAUGCUUCCACGUGCACUUGACCUCUUCCCUCAGAUCCGGAGGCGCCGCCCCACCCCUGCCACCCUCGUGCUGACCAGCGACCAGUCCUCCCCAGAGAUAGAUGAAGACCGGAUCCCCAACCCGCUUCUCAAGCAUGGCAAGGCUCAGAAGGCGGGGGAGAAGGGCUGGCCCCCCACCUGUGCUCUGUGUCCUUCACAGUCCACGUUGGCCAUGUCUCCACGGCAACGGAAGAAGGUGACGAGGACCACACCCACGAUGAAAGAGCUCCAGAUGAUGGUUGAACAUCACCUGGGGCAACAGCAGCAGGGAGAGGAACCUGAGGGAGCCGCUGAGAGCACAGGGGCCCAGGAGCCCUGCCCACCUGGGAUCACAGACACAGAAGCGGAGUUAAGGCUGGGCACGUCUGGGAAAGCACAAAAGCCUGCAGAACCCGUCCCUAAAGCUCGGGAGAGGGGCAGUGAGAAACCCAGCACAGAGGAGCCCACAACCCAUAUACCACCACUGGAUUCCCAGGGAGCCAACUCGGUCUGAGAGUGAAGGAGGUAUCCUGGAAUGGAGACUGCAGUUGGGAAUGCAUGGACACUGGAUGUUUCUUAUUCUUCACUUUUAGGGAAAAAUCUCUUGUUUUUAAAAAGUGAUAAAUUUGGUGUUAGGUC